GUAGCCUUGUGAAAACAGAUUUCUCUGUCUGGUUGCCUGAUAGCAUUUCAAAAAAGGAAUACAGAUCAACAACUCUUGAAAACAUGCUUGUUCAAUAUAGUGUUCAGGUACAUGUUUUCUUUAUGAUCUUGGUAAGAGCAGAAUUAUUUUUGCUAUAGUUUAUCCAAGUUACUUCUGGAGCAGGACUCUUUGGCUGCUUUUUUGGCUUGGGGCACUGGAAGUUAAUGUGAGGAGUUACUGUUUCUGGAUAUGGGACAAUACAAGUUAAAAGGCUAAAUCUGUCCAGCUGAGUCAGCUGUAUGUAUGUGUACAUUACUUUUUCUGAAAACAAGCAUUUGAUUUUACCCUUUUUGUUGUUCAUUUUUAUUUUAAUUAGUACAGCUGGGUUCUUUCGUUGGGAAGACAGGUUUUAUUUCAGUGCUGUGGAACUGAGAUGCUUGUAGAGUACUCUCUUUGUAUGACAUUCCAGGGGAUUGGGCUCCCAGUUAAUUGUAGUACUUUUCAUAAUCAGAGGAAAACAGGGAUGGAAGGGACCUUGGCAAGUCAUUUUAGUCUGGCACUUGCAAUGUUUUCUGGUGGUGGGCUGGGAUUUCUUGGCUCCGGUCCAACGGUGGCCAGUGCCAAGAUCUGUCUGCUGCUUCUGCCUGCUGCCUGGCCACAGCACAACGCAAGCAAGGCUCCCCACUGCCUGGCAAUAGGGUGGCACAAGGUGAGCAAAUCCCAUCACCUCUGAAGCCAUCCUGGCUCCAUGGGUCAGAUCUGAUGGCUCUGUAGGCCAUAGGUUGCUGACCCUGAUCUAGUCCAACCCUCUGCUCACGGCAGUCUUCACCAUCUAAACUUGAGGAGCCAGGUGAUGUUGACACCCCUGGUCUAACCUGUUCUUGGUGCAUAAACAGCUCUCGUACAACUACCAAGCACAGUGGCCAAAAACAACAAGAACACCUUAAACUGUUGCAUAUAAAGUAGGGUGAUGAAGACACUGCCAAUGUCCUGCUGAGGCAAGGACAGGAAGUAGUUUGUUAAAAUGCACUUGAGAGAAUAUUGUUCCCUCUGUGCAGACAACAAUCCUAAUAAUUGUUGUCAUGAGAGUUGUAGGAGAACAAGCUACAGAGUGAUUAAAGUCUUUUGCUCGUUUCCUGUAUACUUGAAUGUUUCCUCUAAGAGCAUAUAUGUCCUCUGCUCUAAUUUUAAACCUGUUUAAUUUGAUAGCAUUACAAGUGCAGCAGAAAGUGAUGCUGAUGAUUCUUUAGGUCCCCACUCUUGUCUGUAGAACUGUCCCUGGAGCAGUAUGAGCCCAAGCCUGAUGUUUUAUUUAGGAACAGGGUUAUUCUCAGGUUGAAGGUGCUGUCCUGUGCAAACCUGAGGUCAUGGCUACUGGUCACUACAUUUUAUUAUAGAUGGUUUAUUUAGCACCAUGAUAUAUGUGUGGCAUUUUACAAAAUAGACAGGUUCCCUGCUACAGAGCACUUGCAACCAGGGUUAAACCAGAGGAGGAUGGAAAAUGCAAGAAGAGAAUGGAGGCAACUGUAGCAUAUACCACUUUUGCAAGAAGUUUCUUUGUUACAUUUUUAUCGCAGAAUUUUGAGGUGUACUCAUUUAAUUACUGGGUAAUUACAUUCCACUUAUUGUUCCAGUAAUUCCUCUGUAACUGCAUUUGGAAGUGGCAUUCAUUUUGUCUUAACCACUGCAAGAUUAUCUGGAUUCCUUCACUGCUAAAUUCCUCAUUCUUACCUUUUAUCCUUUUCUUCACUGUUACAUCUCCAUUCUUUCUGGACUUCCUAUCAGUUCUCAGCUCUCUGGUAUUUUUGCUGUCUAGUUUUUGAGUGCUCAGAGAAAUGCACCUAAAUUUGAAGUUGUUUGUUUUAGAUUUGUUUCAGGGUCCUACUGAAACCUCUCUGGUUAUAAAAUGUCUUCAUCAAUUUGUUCCAGCUGUCCUUUCAGACUUUGCUUUCUCAACUGCUUGUUUGUUUGUCUGACACUACCCAUUCUCUAGUCCUCCAUGCAGUUGGGUUUGUGUCACAACUUUUCCUUGUCAUGUUAACACUGCUUUUUUUGUAUUUUUUCUGCCAUGCUGGCUUCUCUUUUGCUUCUCUUUUUAAUUUCUGUCUGCCAGUAUCAUUUCUAGUUCUUUCUCUUACCGUAUGUAAAUCUUGAAAAAUAUCUUGCAAUCAGUUUGUAUGAUAGAUGCUCCUCCAAAAUAAAGCUGUAAACUGUUGUGUAGUGUGGCUAAUUGCUACAUCUCUCUCCAUCUGGCCCUGCAUAUCAGUAGUGGCAAAGUAAUUCCUAUAUAUGUAACUUGCAAAGCACUCUGGGCAGGUGCUCAAAGAGGGGAAUGAUUUGAGCUGUGGCUAUAAUCUCCCAAUUACUAUUGGGAAAUCUUUCUCAAGAACAAAGGAUGAAUGCCAAUUAUUUCUUUCUUUUUUUUGUUUAGGAUUUUUUUUGAUGAGAUAGAAGAUUUAAAGCAUGCUCUGCAAGAAUCAAUUAAACUAAAUAAUCAGUAUGAAAAAUGCUUGAAACGAAUCAGUGCAACAUAUGGACUUGCUUUUACUUUAUAUUCUGUAACAUAGUUAAUUGCUAUAACUUAAUAGCAAUUAAACUCCCCUGUUUAGAUUUUGAUAUUUAAUGUUUAGUUCUGCAAAACAAAACAAACUCAAUUCACUAUCAGGUAGCAUACAACUUUCAUAACAUAAUCAUGGCUUUGAAUUCAAGAUACUUUAAUGCUUUCAUAUUUUGGACAAUGACCUUAUGUCUUUUGGCAUAGUUUUAAAAUAAAACAUGUCCUUUGUAAAUGUUAUUGUGUUAGAAAUUCAGUGGUGUUGUUUUUUGUUCCAUACGAAUGUUGCAGGAAUACUUUUGUACACUUCGUAACAAGUUUUUUUUUUUUUUAUAAAUCUUGUAUAUAUAUUAUAUACAUUCCACAGUGAAAAUGGUGCCUUGUGCUGAGCUUGAACUGCAAAAUCAGGUGGCAGCUGCUCUUUUACAUUCCUGAAAGGCAAAUAAAGUGCCUCACACCAGAGGAAAAAAGGAGGCUUGUAGGAUGAGGAAGAAUAGACAGUUGGAGGGCAUGGAAAAAUGGAGGAUGGUUACUGCAACAUGAUCAUGGGCUUCCUCAAUUUAUACUUUGUAAUGUUUCAACUUCCAAGUGCAUAUAUAGCUUUUAAAAAUGUAGCCUCGAUAAUAGUGAGUGUUGCCACAUAGAUGUAGCUUUCAGAGGGAUCUGAAUGAGGAAAAACGAACGGCCCUGUGAACCAGUAUGGGGAUAACAUCUUAUAUGGUAGGUUGCCCUCUAGAACAGGGGUGGGCAAACUUUUCUGGCAGCGGGCUGGAAGGACCCACCCUGAAAAAGGCACAUCAGCCAAAUGUUGCUGAAGUCCCAUGUCUGCAGGCUAGGUCCAAGGUUUCUACAGACAGGACCCACUGCCUGUGGGCUGCUGAACCCUGCUCUAGAAGAUAAGUCAUGUAGAAAAAACAGUUGAAAUGUAUUGGAAGCAGCACCAUGUGGCAGUGUAAAGGGAUUUGGUAGGAGAUACAGCAAUGCUAGACAUCCUUGAGAUAAACAUCCUGGACCGUCAUGGCUACAGCAUAAGAUGGUGGAGAAAGACACUUAAAGUUGGUUUAUUGGGGAAGGGAGAUGACGAGGGGUUAAAAAUGUGCAAUGUUGGCUAGGGAGGCAAAAGUAACAAUAAGUAAGAGUUGAUUGGGGCAUUUGAAAAGGCUUCAGCUGUUUGGAGUAGAAGGAAAGCUCUGCUCUACAAAAUGCUGAAAGAAAACUGCACACAGGCCACGUUUUAAGUCCAAAGUGAAAAUGAAAUGGAGGAAUCAAAGACCCCUGGUUUUAGGUGUGGGAGAUUAAGAUAGAGGACUCAAAGUGACCAGUAACUCUGAUUUGACAGUGUGGGCUCUAGAAGAUGGUAGUGGUGUCAAAAGAAACAAAAAAGGGAAAACAGGGACUCUUUAAAGAAAUAAGCUCACUUUUACCUGUGUUAUGCUGAUACAAAUACAGAAUGCAACUCUGUAGAAGUCUGCAUUUCCAAAGCACUGCUGUCACAAUGGUGCUGACUUGGCAUUACAUUGCAUACGCUGAGUUUAUUUAUGACCUGAUGCCUCUCUUUGUUAAGUCGGUAUGAAUGGUCACUGACUCGAUAGGAACAGAAUAGGACAUUUUCAUCUUUUAUGACCUAAGUUUUUUUUUCAAUUGUGUUACGUAAGUUCUAAGGUUAAAAAAAAUCUGUUAUAACUUUAGGACAAAGUUCUAAACAAAACAGUUAUGAUGGGGACUUCUAACAGCUGUAUAGUUGUCCCCCAGUAUAUUUCAACAUGGUUAAAUCAUGCAGCAAAGCUAGGACUCAUGUUAAUUUUGGUCCCUGAUUCCUGCUAACUGCUGUGUGUUAUAGAACAGUUCUGUUGUUACCAGGCUCCAAGUAUGCUACGUUUUGUACUGAGAAUCACUAUUAUACCUACAGUUCCAGUCAAGCUGGCUUUGUAUUUUUAGUUUAAAAGGAGCACAGCGGUGAGAAAACACGAGGAGGGGAGAACAGCCAACCAGAAUUAAUCUAUGAUUAACCAAUGCCAGACCUCCUUGGACCAAAGGCUAAAACAACCAAUCCAGAUCAGUAUUUCAGUUGGCCAAUAGGAAGAGAUGUCUUGUAGCCUUCUUGUCAGUACCAAACCUGCUUGGCUCUGUCUGUCACAGCCUUUUGCAAGCAGGCGAGGGAAGGCAGAAGCCAUUUCUGGCAUCCUGCCGGUUUGCAGCACAGCUCUUUCAGUACCAGCAGCAAAAGCACCAAGCCAGGGACAUAUCCAGGGAGGAUUUUUAUCUUCCUUGCUCUUCUUGGGUGGUUUUCUGCUGAUACUGGUGAUCUUUUUAAAAGGCUUUUCCACCGCAUUUUCUUUCCUGGUCCACCUUGGCUUUCGGCAUUCAAAGGGAUGUUCUAAAUGACUGAAGAUUUUUGUUUUUUCAGCACCGUUUUGUAGCUCAGUAUCUGUAUGGAUAGAUCCCCAGUUGAGCUGGAGAAAUCACUUAAUGGAGAGCAAUUAUUGAAAAGCAGCUGAACAUUGGGAAUGAAUUUGCUUUAUUUUUUCUGUAUCCUAAUGUUCAGCCAUGCUGUGUCAUCUUCUAACUGAACUCCAGAGAGAGGCUGCACACGGAGUAUCCAUUUUGCUCUAAGGUAUUUUGUAUUACUGUGAAGACCUCUGAUUGGACCUGCACACUUCUAGCUGUGUGACAAGUUCUUCCCGUUGGAGAAUUACUUCCAUAGGCUGCUUUAGCAAUGUUGAGAUUCAGCUCGGGCAUGGUGAAGAAUCUUCCUUUGAAGAAGAGAGUUUGUUUUCUUCUGAUGCUUGUGUGUCUUGCCUGCUCAGUGUUAAUCUUUUGUGAAUUUUUAAUUUAUUAUGUAGUGAUAUUUCAGUGUUAUUGGCCAGAAGCGAAAACUGACACACUUAAGGGCAGCAGACAAACUUCAGCUUCUGUUUUGAAGGCAAUGUUUUUAUCUGAUACCCACCUGCUUGGUGAAAUCAAAGGGCACUGGCUGGACAAAUUAAGAAGGGAGUGGCAAAUGGAGAGAGCCUUCCAAACUGCCCUGUUACUGCAGCCAGAUGUUGUUUUUAUUCUGGGUGAUGUCUUUGAUGAAGGGAAGUGGAGCCGCUCACAGGCUUGGGCAGAUGAUGUCAGGAGAUUUCAGAAGAUGUUUCGACAUCCAGCCGAAACUGAGCUUGUGGUUAUUGUUGGCAACCAUGACAUUGGCUUUCAUUAUGAAAUGACCACUUACAAGUUAAAACGAUUUGAAAAAGUCUUCAACUUCACCCCAGAAAUGCUAGUAACCCGGAAAGGAGUCAAUUUUGUGCUGGUGAACAGUGUUGCUCUGGAGGGUGAUGGCUGCACCAUCUGCAGUUUAGCAGAGGCAAAGCUCAUUGAGCUUUCUCAUAAAUUGAAUUGCUCCCAGCAGGAACAGAAGCAUUCCAGCAGAAGGUGCAGAGAGGUGGAACAGCUUCCUGUUUCACAGCCAAUCCUUUUACAGCAUUACCCUCUUUAUAGGAGGAGUGACUCUGAAUGCACUGGAGAAGAUUCUGCCCCUCCUGAGGAGAAGAACAUCCCGUUUAAAGAAAAGUAUGAUGUACUUUCUCAAGAAGCUUCACAAAAGCUGAUAUGGUGGUUUCAUCCCCGCUUGAUUCUGAGUGGCCAUACCCACAGUGCCUGUGAAGUACUGCAUGAUGGGAAAAUUCUAGAAGUCAGUGUCCCAUCGUUCAGUUGGAGGAAUAGAAACAACCCUAGUUUCAUUAUGGGUAGCAUAACACCAACCAACUUCUCCCUCCAGAAGUGCUUCCUUCCAUUUGAGAGCAGAGUUUUUACUAUAUACUGUGCAGCUGGAGCUCUGCUUGUGGUCCUCCUACUAGCUCAUUUUCUCAUGCCAUCUUUUUAUUUUGCUCAGCGUUUAAUCAGUAAGCAUAAAGCAGUAUGAAGAGCCAAACAUCUGCAGUCAGUCACUGAUACCAAAGCUGAGAACAGUCAAACAUCAGACUAUAUUCAUGCCAGCAAAUGACCUAAUUUGAUUGCUAGCCCAAAGGCAGGUUGCAUUCACACAUACCAUAGAAGUCCUAUACAGUUGAUAUGACUACUACAGGAUAAAUAAUUAACUGAAAUUGUUUCAUGCUGUACAAAAAUACUGUAUUCUACAAUCAAAUGAGUCCUUUUCUGCUAUAUUUUUUUGUAUCAAAUAUGUAUAUUAAAAGUUUAACUGUACAUUAUGUUAAUAUUACAGCCUCAUCACUUGACUGCACUUGUCCUACCCUAGUAGAGGCUUAGGCUUGCAAACUGGAACACUCCUGUAUAUUUUAUUGCUGCAUGCCCUUCUUGUGUGAGAGACUGUUAAUGUCAGCAGGAGCUAGAUAAAUCAGCAUUAAGAGAUGCAGAUUUCCUUAACAUUUCUAGGAUGUGGUGGGCAAGACUGUCACUUGGGAGAAGAAAUCCACUAGUCCCUGAUGCAUUAAAGUCAGAUGUUGAUGAUUGCAACCUGCAGCUCUUGUCUACCAGUAAGUGUCAAAUAUCCCAACCCUCUGAAGUCCAGUUUGUCAAGUGUCAGAAGUGUCAAAACACUUCGAACCUGCUAUAAAAAUUAGGGUGACACCUCUCAAACUGCUGUCUUUAAAAAUGUGCUAUGGUAAUUGUAAAAAUGAAGGCCCUGUUGCAUCCCAGAGAUCUGUGUGGAGGGGGUCCCUUCGUUUGCCAGUCUUCCCCAGGAAGGGAGGUCAGACACCACUGUAUUAACAGUUACCUAUGCCUUGGUCCUGGAUUAUGUGCCCCUACAGGAUUCCAAAAUAGUUACCAAAGGAGGUUACAUUAACCUUAUUGUAGAACUACCUUCAAGCUGGAAUCUCCCUUUUAAUGGGAUUAUGAAGAUUGCCGCAUGGGGAAACCCCAACAGCAUAGCCACAGUGGGCCUCAGAGCUGGUGAAGUCAGAGGGCCUCCAAAUGGUUGGCAGUAGGUAGAUGGCAAAGACCUAGAGGCUAGAGUCCCUGCUUGUUUUGGCAUGGGGGAAGAGGGAACAAAAUCCCAUUUUAACCAGAAGGAAAACUGUUUUGCAUUGGGAAGUUUCCUUCUGAUGUCCUUGUGGAAGAAGGGAGCUCUAGCCUAACAUGUUACUUUUUAAGCCUACCUGCAUCGCUUAUUCUUAGAAAAAACUGCUAGUUUGUUGACGGGGAGGAUUUGAUAGGGAAAGCGAGAGAAUUUCUGUGUCCAGUUAUACCUAUUACUAACUACUCUCUGCCUUUCACUUUCUGGGAAACGCAAUGAGAACUCUGGAGUAGAUACAGAGAUAAAAAUAUCUACAGCCCAGUAGUAAUUUCAUGGCAAGGGGUAGAAACUAUGGAAGGGUCUUAGUACAGUGUCUCUGACUUAGUAUUGAAACAAUCCCCUUUUAAAAUAGAACCAAUUACUGAAUUUUCUCUACAGUCUAAUAAGUGAAAAAAGACUGGGUUUACAAACAGUAAGUCAUGCCUCUAUUAUAAAAAUUUGGUUCAUAGUGUUUGGGUGAAAACACUUCAGAGCUCAAUUUGUCCUUAACUAAAACAGAGUGGAGACAAUCCAAGGAGUGAUAAAACAAUGUCUGAAGUAAUGUAAGCUAACACUUUUUUCUCUCUGUUUCUGUUAUUGCAACUGUAACUUUAGACAUUUGUACAGGUUAUCUUGGACACAGGAAAAGUAUAUACUCACAGACACAAAACACCCAUGUAUAAAAUAUAAAGCAGUGUUAUAGUUACUAAAAAGGACAUGCCUUAUUGCUACAGCAAUUCUUGCUUUUUGUAUAUUGUACUGUACCACAACUUGUUUUGAGAAUGUCAUUUGCAUAAAUUAUUCAAGUCUGAGAAAUAUUCACAUAUUUUGAUUCUACAAUAUUUAAAAUAAAACAAUUUUCUAAUG